CGCUUACCUGGCCGCGUGUGGCUCCUCCCCCUGCAGCCGACCCGCCAAACCGUUGACGUCAUCGUCGCCAUGAUGAGCGACAGCUGAGCGGGGGCGCAGGUGCGCGACACACCUGGGACAAAACGCCGUCAAGCUGGUCGGCUGCGCGUUGUGUUGCUCGCGGCUCACGUGGCGUCACGUGAAAGGAUCGGCGCCCGCUGUCCGUGGUAAAGGGGGCAAAAAGGAGAAACGGAAAAACAAGCCAAACGCUUGCGGUGCUUUUACGAUGUCGCGAAAGGAAAGUUUGGAUGACGACGUCACCCGGCCAGAAGCGCACAGCUCGCAGCCAAUCAACAUCGCCGGCGGGGAGUUCGUAGCCAGCAGGGGCAACUGGAGAGAGCGUUUGUCAUCGUCGGCUCCACCCGUCCCGAAUCCGUUCCCGGAGUUGUGCGGCCUCACCCGCUCUCCCGUCCCCUCGACGACGGCCUCGCUGGCAGCCAGCGACAAACAACAGCGUCAGAAGCGCACCUCGGAACCGAGCGAAUGGAGCCCUCAAAGUCUGGACGGAGGCAAACUGCUGAAGGUUUUCGGCGAGGACGAGCAUGCCCGCUCGCUUCGGGUGAGCGACGGCGCCACGGCGAUGGACGUUUGUCGCAUGCUGGUGACGACGGGGGGCUGCGGCGAGCGGGAGCACUGGGCCCUCAUGGAGGUCCAUCCCGCGCUCGGCCUCGAGAGGUGCCUGGAGGACCACGAGGCGGUGCUGGAGGUUCAGGCCAGCUGGGCCGUCAAGGCCGACACGCGGCUCGUCUUCUGCAAGAAUUACGCCAAGUACGAGUUCUUCCGGAAGCCGGCGCUCUUCUUCCCGGACGCCAUGAUCUCGGACAGUGCAGACGGCGGCAAACCGAUGACGUCGCAACAGCUCGUGCAGGAUCUGGUCCAUUCGGGCUCGUGUCCCGAGAUCCAAGGCUUCCUCCACGUGAAGGACAGCACGCGCAAAUCUUGGAAGCGCGCGCACUUCUUCCUGCGCCGCUCGGGUCUUUACUCCUCGUCCAAGGGCGCGUCCAAGGAACCGAGACACCUGCAGUACGUGGCCGACCUUCGCGACCUUCACGUCUACAACGUCGUCAACGCACGGAAACUUUACGCCGCGCCCCAAAACUUUUGCUUCGCCAUCACGUCCUCAGGAAGUCCGGUCCGCCUUCACCAUGUGAAGAUGUUGUGCGCUGACAGCGAGCAGACCAGAACCUGCUGGACCUCGGCCUUCCGAUUGUUUAAGUAUGGGAAGCAGCUGCAGUGUAACUUCCAACAGUCCAAGUUGACCCAUCGCGGUCUGGAGGGAAGCAACCUGACGGAGGGCAAAGCCAAGUCGGAGGACAACCUGGUGGCCAUGGACUUUUCCGGAGGCUCCGGCGGUCGAGUCAUCGAGAACCCGAGCGAGGCCGAGUGCGCCGACUGGCAGGAGGGCCGAGCGCGGCGGCGUCGUGAAGGUCUUCGCAGCAGCCUGCCCAACUUGAGCUCAGCCUCAGGACCGCCCCCAGUGCUCCACGCCGGCCAGGCGUGGUUCCACGGUAACGUGUCCCGGAAGCGAGCGGAGACGCUGCUCGAGGAACAGGGCCUGGUUGACGGGACGUUCCUGAUUCGAGUGAGCCAGCGGCACGCUCAGUGUUUCGUGUUGUCGCUGUGCUUCGAGCUGAAGGCCAAACACUUCCUGGUCAUCCCUUGCGAGGACGGCGGGCGGCAGUACCUGACGAUGGACGACGGCGUGACGCUGUUCACCGACCUCCUGCAGCUGGUGGACUUCCACCAGAUCAACAAGGGCAUCCUGCCCGUCUGCCUCAAGCGCCCGUGCGUGUGCGCGGCGCUUUGACCCGUCAACCGCCGCGUGAGGCCACGCCCUUUUUACCGCCGCCCUUUUUUUCAAAAUGACUGACGGCGACACGUGCGCGCACGUUUGUCGACGGAUGGUCACGCCCGCGCAGGGUCAUGUGACCCGAAUCGGAAAGUACCAUGUCACCCUCCCCCCCCCUCCCUCCACACCCACCACAUUUUGUACAUUUUAGCACAUUUGUAAUAUUUGAGCGUGAUUUUUUUUUUAAAUUCAGAACUAGGUUUGUAAGUUUUCUACGUAUAAAAUAAAACGUUUCAUAUGAAA